UAAUUGUUAGGUUUCAUUUUUGUUAUAUUUUCAUUGUCGCGUUUGCCAGGAACGCGACGCGCGAGACGAGCUUGACUUUUUUGGAUUAAGCCCGGUUGGGCGGGCAAGCGCAUAAUCACACAGAAUUCAUUCCAGCUAACCACCCGCCAUCGCCGUCUCCGCAAUCCAAGUCGAAAAUUAUCUUAGUGUUAAUUCGGAGACUAGCUUUCUUUUUGCGCGCUCUAGCGUUUGCUCAUCUCGCUUAUCUUGUGGAUUUCGUUCAGAUUGCGCAUGUCGCAAAAGGUCACGGGACUGGCCUCGCAAGAUAUCCUGUUUCUGACCUUCCGCGAACCUCAUCCGUAAACCGAGUGGGCCGUCCUCUGUCAUCAUGGCACAGCCCGCUCAACCAGUACCUGAGAAGUCUAUUGCUUCCCCUUAUCCCCCGAGUUUGGAGACAAAACGCGUCCCGCGCAUAGUAGAGAGAUGCGUCGCUUUCGUUCAUAAUUGCUUAUUAACUAUCUGCCUUAUCAAGAUCGCAGAACGAAGCCAUCAAGAUUGCAGAACGACCGACGCACUCAUCACGACAUCAUCGCCGGCAGCAAUGGCCACGACGACGACAGUCUUUGCCCUUGUUGCUCUCUCCAAGGCGUUGUCAUGGAAUGAGGCCUUGUCCGGCGUGUUUGGCAGCAUCAGUUUGGCUACUUGGAUUUUCCUGCUGGUGCCACAGUUGAUCCUCAACUACACAACCGGCAGUUCAGGUGGCAUCUCGCUAGCUUUCCUGACAGUCUGGCUGCUCGGAGAUGUCACGAAUCUAGCUGGGGCAAUAUGGGCCGGCCUAGUCCCAACAGUCACUGCCCUUGCAGUGUACUUUUGCUUUGCAGACUUUGUGCUCAUCAGUCAGUGUUUGUUUUACAACCACCUCAAUGCCCGGAGAGAGGCAAUCAAUGAGGCGGCAACAUCACUCGACUCCGAAGAGGCUCCGUUGCUUGCUCGAGAGCGUAGCAACGAAUCGAUACGGGCCCCCGGUGCCCGUCGUCGUAGUUCAACUCAUCUCAGUCACUCGUCGGGGGCCAGACGUGAUUCUCUAGUGAAGAUCCUGGAAGACGAUGUCUCUGCAGGUGGAAGUUCGUGGAAGCGGAAUACCUGGAGCAUCCUCAUGGUCAUCCUGGUUGGAACAGCAGGAUGGGCCAUUGCGUGGCGGUCUGGGGUGUGGAGGCCGACGCUGAAUCAUCCUGGGGACGUACCUAGCAAAGAACAUGUGGCCGUGGAAGCCAGUGUUUUGGGAUACCUCAGCGCUGUGUGUUAUCUUGGGGCCCGAAUCCCCCAAAUUAUCAAGAAUUACAGGGAUAAGUCGUGUGAAGGCUUGUCUCUUCUGUUUUUUGUUCUCUCUCUAAUGGGAAAUAUCACAUACGGAGUCAGCAUCUUGUUCCAUUCUCUCGAGAGGGAGUACAUCAUGACGAACCUUCCAUGGUUGAUCGGAUCUUUGGGUACUAUCGUCGAGGACGGCUACAUAUUUGUUCAAUUUCGCAUGUACGCCAGGGACUCUGGAAGUGCAGUGGAAACAUGAGGGUAAUGCCCUGUAGAUAAUUAAACUGCAUAUAAUGUAUAGACGAUUGAAUGCCAAUAUAUAUACCAUCGUUGAGUGUAAAUAUCGAUUCAAAUUGGCAGGAGCAAAGCACCAGCCAACCACAAUUAAAUUUCUAUGAGCAUGUAAAAUCAAUCCAAUACCACAUAGGACUACAUGUACAGUGUAUGCGUACACUGUCGUGAUGUUCACUCCCGUGAAGCUCUCAGCUCCAUGUUCCUCACCAAAAUCUAAAAAUAGGCAGCUCCACCCACUUCCCCUUUCGACCCUUAGCGAACAGACGACGUCCUCGCAUC